AACGAAGUCGCGGCCACGCCAACCCAUCGGGACGAAGGCUUGGUCGUGUUCGAUCGCAAACACUUGUUGGUCAAAAACGUGAAAUAUGUCUCAAAAUGUCGAGGGAAAAACCACACAAAACAAGGACGAUAAACCAGAAACAGAGAAGGAAGACAAGAAAGAGAUAAGAGCCGCCGUUCUGCACAGUUUUGGCGGUUUGAAAGGUGUGAAGAUUGUUAAAAGAAAUAUUCCUGUUUUGGCAGAUAAGGAAAUUCUCAUUAAUGUAAAGUUAUGCGGCGUCAAUUUCCACGACGUGAUUACCCGCCUGGGCCUGUGCGACGCCCCGCCCAUUAAAACGCCCUUCAUCCUCGGAUCCGAGUGCGCGGGCGUGGUCGAGGGCGUGGCGGAGGGCGUGGCGGAGUUCCAGGUCGGCGACCGCGUGGUGGCGCUGCCAGACGCGCGCGCCUGGGCGGAUGUCGUACCGGCGGCGAGCAAGUACGUGUAUUUGGUGCCGGAGACGAUGCCGCUGCAGGAAGCAGCUGCGAUCACUCUCACAUACAGCAUAGCUUAUAUGUUGGUCCACAACAUAGCUAACGUGAGGCCGGGCAACAUCAUUCUGCUUUACUCGGCUGGCGGAGCUGUGGGCCAAGCUAUCUGCUCAUUGGUCAAGGCCAUCGGUGACGUCACGGUGGUGGGCGUGGCUUCCAAGGGGAAACAGGAGCAAAUCAAAAAUUCUUUGACCCAUUUUGUCGACAGAACAUCGGAUAUUUCUGCCGAGGUCAAAAAGCUGUGCCCCGGGGGUGUGGACGUCGUAUUGGACUGCGUGGGGGGGGCGGAGGGGAGGGAGGGGAGCAUACGGCCUCCUCAGGCCUACGGGAAAAUACGUGCUGUUUGGUGAGUUAUUUUUAUUAUUGUUAUUAUUAUUAUU